AUGUCCACAAACAUCUCCAACGACCUGGUCUGGCAGAUCACCCCUUUCUGGAAGCACUCGGACUCUAGCUCAUUCUUUGGAACAGGCCGCCAGAAUGCCUUCCUGGUCAACCGCAACUCCGGCGGUGGCUCCCAGUUCUCCCGGGAUCCCUUGAACCUGCUGAACAAGCACUCUUUCAAGUAUGCCGGUUACUCUAACAACAAGGCCAUCGGUGUCCAGGGUACUGAGAACGGUGUCGUCGUGAUCACCAAGAAGCCCAGCAACCCCCAGCAGCCCGCUCAGAACUUGGUCACUGUCACCUACGGCCCUAGCUCCUCCAACCGCAAGAUCUUCAAGGGUGUCGCCGACAAGACCGCCAAGAACGGCUACCGUGCUGACCUUCGUGAGGAGGCUGUCGCCCGCGUUAGCGCCGUUCGUCGCUCGCAGCUCCCCAAGAAGGAUGCCCCUGCCAAGAAGCUCCGUGGUGUCCAGGCCCGCAAGGCUGCUGAGGAGUCAGAGUAA